AUGCGCUCUGUAGCAACUUCUUCAGCCUCAUCACUCGACCAGCUUAAGGCUCCAUCAUUGCUGCAGUCGCCGCCGCCAUUUUGGCGACGGGAAGAGUCAGGGUCUGGGACAGCUGGAGUCGUCGUUGUUUACCGGUAUGGACGGUUCCCGCCUGCCUUAGAACCUCCAAAUUCGCCCACCUUCGGGCCACACUCUUUGUAUUGCCCUUAUUCCCUAGUCGCUGUCCCCAGCCAUGCUGUCACUGUCGUUGGGUUAGCUUUCCAAAAGGAAAGAGAUUUUGCGACUGCUGUCCGCGUUCAAAAUGGCCAAUGUUAUUAUCUCUUACAUCUUUUAGCUCUGGUGCUCUGUAACAGAGCCAGACUUGUUUCCUACCUCCCAGGAUUUUGCUCCUUAGUUAAAAGAGUUGUCAAUCCCAAAGCCUUUUCAACUGCAGGAUCUUCGGGUUCCGAUGAGUCUCAUGUAGCUACUGCACCUCCAGAUGUAUGCUCUCGAACAGUAUGGCCUGAUGAAACUAUGGGACCUUUUGGCCCUCAGGAUCAGAGAUUCCAGCUUCCUGGGAACAUAGGCUUUGAUUGUCACCUCAGUGGGACAGCUUCACAGAAAAAAAGUCAGGUUCAUAAAACUUUGCCUGAUGUUCUAGCAGAACCUUUAUCAAGUGAAAGGCAUGAGUUUGUGAUGGCACAAUAUGUUAAUGAAUUUCAGGGUAAUGAUGCACCUAUUGAACAAGAAAUUAAUAGUGCAGAAACUUACUUUGAAAGUGCCAAAGUAGAGUGUGCAAUCCAAACAUGUCCAGAAUUGCUGCGAAGAGAUUUUGAAUCACUAUUUCCAGAAGUGACCACCAGCAAACUAAUGAUUCUGACUGUAACACAGAAAACUAAGAAUGAUAUGACUGUUUGGAGCAAAGAGGUAGAAAAUGAAAGAGAAAUGCUCUUAGAAAAGUUCAUCAAUGGUGCUAAGGAAAUUUGCUAUGCUCUUCGAGCUGAAGGCUUUUGGGCUGACUUUAUUGAUCCAUCAUCUGGUUUGGCAUUUUUUGGACCAUACACAAACAGUACUCUUUUUGAAACUGAUGAACGCUAUCGACAUUUAGGAUUUUCCAUUGAUGAUCUUGGCUGCUGUAAAGUGAUUCGUCAUAGUCUUUGGGGUACCCAUGUGGUUGUAGGUAGUAUCUUCACUAAUGCAACACCAGACAGCCAUAUUAUGAGGAAAUUAAGUGGAAACUAGAAGUGCUGUCAAUGUAUGCUGUACUACCUGUAUAUAAUAUUUGGGUUGAUCUGUAAACACUGUCUAAAUGUUCAAUUUUUAAAAAUAUACUUAUUUCUAGGUAUUUAUUUCAACAUUCAUGAAUUAACAGCAUUGGCAAGUGAUUUCUAGUUUUUAAAUCACAGCUGUUCAUUGUUCAUGCUGUCAUUAUUCAUACUUAUUGAUUAUAUGUUGAGCUAUAGAAUGUGGUAAUUAACAUAUAACUAGGGUAUGGUCUUGAAUAUUGUUAUUUCUCCCCCUUAUUGGAAAAACCUGUUACAAUUAUUUUUCUCCAAAAAUAAAUCACACAUUCAGUUGAAAUGAUA